CCGAUGACGUCAGUAGCAAUCAGUGGUCGCUGGGCUGUACUGUUAGUACCGAAAGGAAGAAGUUACGAUGGUUCUCAUCAAGGAAUACCGUGUGGUUUUACCCUGUAGUGUUGAGGAGUAUCAAGUUGGACAGCUGUUCUCUGUGGCUGAAGCUAGUAAAAACGAGACAGGUGGUGGUGAAGGCAUUGAGGUACUCAAGAAUGAGCCCUAUGAAAAAGAUGGAGAGAAAGGACAGUAUACUCACAAAAUUUACCAUUUAAAAAGUAAAGUCCCAGGGUAUGUCAGACUCCUAGCUCCUGAAGGUGCCCUGGUAUUCCAUGAAAAAGCUUGGAAUGCCUACCCCUACUGCAGAACUAUUGUGACGAAUGAAUAUAUGAAAGACAAUUUCUUUAUUAAAAUUGAGACAUGGCACAAACCAGACCUGGGAAUGCAAGACAAUGUUCACAAACUGGAUAGCUCAACAUGGCAGAAUGUAGCUGUUGUGCCCAUUGACAUCGCAGACAGAAGUCAAGUGUCUGCAUCUGACUACAAGCCAGAUGAAGAUCCUGCCCAGUUCAAGUCGGUUAAAACUGGCAGAGGACCUCUUGGGCCCACCUGGAAGAAAGAGCUGGCGAGUAAAACUGAAUGCCCAAGGAUGUGUGCCUACAAACUAGUCACAGUCAAAUUUAAGUGGUGGGGGCUGCAAACCAAAGUGGAGAACUUCAUCCAUGAGCAAGAGAAGAGGAUCUUCAAUAACUUCCAUCGCCAGCUGUUCUGUUGGAUUGAUAAAUGGGUGGACCUGACUAUGGAUGACAUUCGGCGGAUGGAGGCAGAGACACAGAGAGAGCUGGAUGAGAUGCGAAGGAAGGGUUCUGUGCGAGGUACAAAAGCUCCAGAACAGUAGCAAAGCCAGAUUUAGCUUCGCAAAAAGGGUGAAGUAAGAGGAACCAGCGCUGCAGAUGAAUGAAAAGGCACCAGAUUUUUAACCAUCCACAAUAAUGGCAGUGGUGGAGCUGCUUUUUUUAAAAAAAACAAAAAAAAAGGCUCCAUUGAUGUCACUUUUUACCUUAACUGAUUCAUGCUGUGGAGGAGGGAGCACUGCGACCUGCAAUCAGUAGAGCAGAUCCCUGCCACGACCCCAAUCAUAGACCAGUGAGGAAUUGAUUUCUAGAAACCAACACGAUCCCAGCUGAUAAAACUCUGGUUAAUUUUGAUCUCCUGAGCAGAGAAAUGCCAGCUAUCAAGAUCAUAUGUGACCUAGCCUUCAGGGGAGGUGUUAAGAAGAAGCAACUUGAAUCGUAUGUGAAUACAACCCCAGAUUAAUCAGUUUUACUCCACAACAGCAGGAUUUGGACCAAAUAUUUCUUUUGUGUAUUUUAUAUCAAAUCUUUCGAUUGGCUCAAACGCAUUCCUCACAUGGUAAUGUCCUAAAUGACCUAGCUUUGUCUACACCUUGGUCUUAACUGUAAACAUCGCGGAUCAGUGGUUUGCAUUCCCUGGUAUGAGACUGUUUGUCAUACUCAUGUUCCUUCCUGCCACAGCCUCCAUUAAGUGAUUACUAACACCCUUGGCGCCCAGGCCCAUUAUAAUCCUCCCUCCAUCACCCCUCCUUAACCAAAGCACUGCAUCUUAUCACUGACAAUCAUGCCUGUACAGGUAUUCACUCUCACUCCUGUUCAAACGUAAAACCUCAUACACAUGUGUAUGACACAUACAUUACAGACAGGAUAAAUGUGUGAAUCCAUUCUUGCGCACUCACACAAGCACAGGUGUGGAUAUCUUUGCACUGACUUAUCUGCUAAAAGCUCCUGCUGGGCAGAUCUGUGCAAGCUUGUUCACCUAAAUGAUGCCCCCCCCCCCCCCCAUCGGAUCUGAAUACAUUCGCACGUAACCUACAACACAGCACUCACCUCUUCAACAGAUGUCCUUAGAGGAAAAACUGCACUGAAACCACAGUCGCCUAGCCCACCCCAGAGGCAUGUCAUCUGGUUCUCAGAGGAUAGACAGUUUCUAAGAGCCCUCCUUUACUGCUGCAUUCCAGUCAUGUUUACAAAAUCAUAAUUGCUUUAGUAGUGCCCAUCCAACACCAGCAUCAUACACUGUUUGCCUUUUAUCUAUGGACCUUUUUGUACUUCAGCUCUUGUAGCAUUGUUGCAAACCAUCGCUCCAGCUACCUCCCUGGUUUCUAAGUGGCAGUUUUUCUAAGGGUUAGCAUUAGCUAUUAUCUUUGGAGUAGAUCUUCAUAGAGUAUUCCUAGUUUUCUUCUGUUAAACUGCAUGUUUGUGCAGCCAAUGUUCUGUCACUGCAAAGUAUUGCAGAUUAACAUCUCUGCCUCAGAUCGGAUGUUGGAGAGAUUUGCCAUAUGAAUGACUCUUGACUUUCAGCACUAUAGUGCACUUUUCCUCUUUAAGAACCAUGUGGCAUUGGCCUACAGUGUUAAUUGCUAGUGUUACAUUUAUACAGUAUAUGUGGUUUACUCAUCUGAUCCCUACUGAGUUUUUGUGUUCUGCUUGUGUGUUAUUGUCUUAAAUUGUACAAAACAAAUUAGUUUUUGGUUUUUUUUUUGUUUGUUUUGUUUUUUUGAGACCUCUUGUAUCCGAACUCUCCUUUCAAUACAUAUAUUUUCAGAAGUCCUAAUAUUUGUUUUAUCAGUCUAAUGAGAGAAUACAAUGAUAGAGAAUACAAUCAUUUCCUCAAUAUCCGACUUGUCUAAAGAGUGUAAAUCCAUGUAUUGUUUACAUGUGUUCAGCAAUUAACAUAGGAAAAUUUAAGGACAAGGUCUGAGACAUUUUUUUCCACAAAUAGAAUAUUCUCAGGUGAGCAAUGUGACCCAAAGAUUUUUUCUUUUUUUUUGUAGGAGAACUGUAUCUCCAUACCAUAUUAUUUUCUUUAGGAAAUAUAACAUAAGAAUUCCAUUAUAAAAGGGUGGUCACUGUACAUCUUGUUCCAUUUUGUUUCCAUUCCACAGAACUCUGUACUGGAAAGAUAUCCCUUCGUUUCAAAGAGCAAAAAAAAAAAAAAAAAAAAAAUUCUCAAAUGGUCUACAAUGAAAUCAGUAUCUGUCAUGAUGAUGAUGAUGGUUGAAGAAAGAAUUCAGAAACUUUUGUAACUUUUUUGUUACUGUUUUUUAUAUAUAUAUAUAUAUAUAUAAUUUUUCCCCCCCAUUACUGAAAGACUUUGUAAAAGUUCAGAUCAGCUUUGGAAAAUCAUGGGACAUGGUAGUGAAUGUAUAAUAUAUUGUGCCUUUUCUCUCUGGACAUCUUCUGUGUUAAGCCUGCAUAUUGUAUCAAUAAAUUUAGUCUCUAUAAUGAA